AUGUUUCCUGUCGGUAAUCUUACAAAACCUGUGGUUAAGAAAAUUGCGAAGGAAAUCGGUCUGGAGAAGAUUGUCGCGAGACGUGAGGCACGUUAAGUCUGAUUAUACUCAUUGAUUUUGGUUGACUCAUGUUACUUGUUAGCUUCUUCACCAAGUCAGGUGUAAGUGUCAUUUCUAUACCAGGAGUGUAGCACUUUACCCAACGUCUACUUUUUCAGAGUAUGGGGAUUUGUUUCAUUGGCAAACGGAAAUUCCGCGACUUCAUUGACAAUGUGAGAAUGCCUUUGCAUUUCCAUUUCACCAAUGGUUAUUCGUUUACAGUAUGUCGAACCCAGACCCGGAGUCUUUAGAGAUUUCGAAACGGGGGAGGUCCUCGGCGAGCAUUCCGGUAAUGAUGCACUUAUCAUGUUUGCGAUCUUCCCCUUGACCGUUAUUUUUAUGUUGGCUUCCUUUGUAUUUUUCAUCUCAGGUGUGCACCACUUUACCCUUGGUCAGCGGGUCCCCGGAAUAACCAAGGGCCAAGUACCGUUUUACAUCGCGAAACUGGUGGUUCCUUCCCAGGAAGUUUUGGUGGUACACAGUUUUUCCUAAAUUUAAUCUGCGAGCUUAUUGGCUUUUUAUUUUUUUGUUUUGUUAGUUCUUUCCGCGCCGGAAAAUAGUUCAUUUGAGUCUGGUUAAUGCGAAUUAUUAUCCUCAGUUCUCAAUUUGGAUUUUCUAUCCGUUAUUCGAAUCAAAAUUUAGCCUUUUUCUUCCAGGUCCGUGGGGCUACACAUCCGGCUUUAUUUAUGCGUCGGUGUUUGACUGGUUCUCCAAUCUGGGUGUCAGGUUAUGCCCCAAAACUUCCAUCAUCAGAUUAUACCUUUCAGUGGCAAAACAAGUGGCGCGCUGUCCCCGCACUAAUUGCUUCGAAAUCUGA